CAUAAUAAUUCUGCACUGUAUCUUCCUCUACUCGUUUUCUUUCCUCUGACAAUCCACAAAAAUGGCUCAAAAAGUUUCGCAGUGGCCUCAACUCCCAUGGAAAGCCAACCUCUUCAUAUCAGUUAUGUCUUUCGGCGUUGACAUCGUCCGUCGCUCUAACGGCACCAUCAACCGCCCUCUCCUCAAAAUCUUCGACGUCAAAAACUCUCCCUCCAAAAAGCCCAUCAACGGCGUCAAAACCACUGAUAUAACCAUUGACAAAUCUCGAGAUCUCUGGUUCCGCCUCUACACUCCCACCACCAACACUAUCUCCGACAGUGCUGGUUUGCCGGUCAUUUUCUACUUCCACGGCGGUGGUUUUUCCCUACUAGCAGCCAAUUCGAGACCUAUGGAUGACUUUUGCUACCGUCUUGCUCGCGAACUCUCUGCUUUUAUAAUCUCCGUUAACUACCGGCUUGCUCCGGAGCAUCGUUUUCCAUCUCAAUACGACGACGGAUUUGAUGCGCUAAAGUACAUCGAUAGCACAGAAAUUGAAGGAUUUUCAAGCUAUGCGAAUCUAAAUCAUUGUUUCGUCGCCGGAGACAGCGCCGGAGGCAACUUGGCGCAUCAUGUGAUAAUAAAAGCUAAUGAAUAUGAAUUUUCUAAUAUAAAAUUAAUUGGUAACAUCUCGUUUCAACCAUUCUUAGGAGGAGAAGAACGGACUGAAUCUGAGUUAAGGCUUACUAAUGCUCCAUGUAUUACAAUAGAGCGUACAGAUUGGAUGUGGAGAGCGUUUUUGCCGGAAGGGUCAAACCGGGACCAUCCCGCCGUGAAUAUAUUCGGGCCUAAUGGUGUCGAUAUUUCAGGUAUGAAGUUUCCGGCGACGAUUGUUUUUGUGGGUGGAUAUGAUCCUUUACAGGAUUGGCAAAAGAGGUAUUAUGAAGGGCUAAAGAAGUCUGGAAAAGAAGCUUAUUUGGUCGAGUAUCCAAACAUGCCUCAUUCAUUUUAUAUUUAUAAUGAAUUGCCUGAGUCUGGCUUGUCGAUUGAGGAAGUCAAGGAUUUUAUGCAAAAGCAAUUAGCUUCCAAUAUAUGAUCAAAUGCAAGCUUUAGAGUUUUUUUUUUU